AUGGUAUUUUCCCGCUUCCCUCUGAUUGCUGCUUGCGCAGUUGGUGCCCUUGCAACCCCCAUUCUCUACGAUGGUCGAGCACCUUUGAACUACACAUCGACUAACAUCGAUGCCUUCCAAUCACCUUAUGUAUACGUGGUGAAAGGUAGCGAGGCCGCCAGCAAGUAUGUCUCUUUCAGCACCAGCAACCCUCCUCCAACUCCGCUGUGGUACCCUAAAGGAUCUACGAAAGCAAUCGAGCAAACCGUUUCAGUUAAAAUCGAUAAUUCCUCCGUCUUUGUUCCAGGAAACAACCCCGAUAACUCGCAAUGGGGUUUCCGUCGUACCGAGAUCAUCGCACAGAACAAUCGCACGAUGUUGCAAUCUGGCAAAACUGUGUGGCACUUUAGUGUCAUGCGUGACGAAGCCCGCCCUUUGAAUUUUACGCACGAGUACCAGAUUGUAUUCGCUGAGCCUGAUGAUGGAAGCCAUGUUUUCGGGCUUAAAAUUGGCUCAAGCUUUACUGUCCCGACGGCACCCAAGUUACCUACGAAGACAGCGCGCAACCUAGAGGUCUUGGACCAUGCUUUAAACGUCUUGUACUCCACUCCUUUUGACCUCAACACAUGGCACAACUUUGCUAUCCAGGUUGAUUGGGAUGCCCGCACUUUGGGGGUAUUUGCUUCUAAGGGAGAUUCGAAGUUAAAGAAAGUUUCCAAGCUGGUCUCCAACAACAGUACAAAGCCCGUGCCUGAAGGACGAGGAGACUUUCACUUUGGCCUACUCAAGCUGCCACUUGCAAACCCCAAGGAUACUACCGAGCAGCAAGGCGAUGUCGUACACCGUGGCAUUCAGGAAGGUACUCUCGAAGGCCUUUAUUACUCUGGUGUGUUUGUCGAAAGUGCGACUGGUGGUGUGAGCGCCGGUUACAGUAGUAUAAUUCCGGCGUUCUAA